GAAGAAACAUCCUAGCAUAAGUAGAGUUCAUCGAGGGGAUGACGACUUCGCCUGACCACAACAGCCUGAACACUUCCUCAUCGACCGUCAGGCGAGUCGGCUCAUCUCCACACGAACAACGAACGCCCGGGUUUGGCUUCGAACUUAGGAUUCUACGUCAUAGUACUGAUCCAUCAUCACCGAAUCCAGACCAUUCAGUGGCUGAGCAAGAACUGGCAAAGUGUUCGGUUGCGCUGAUAGACUCUUACUUGAGCCAAUCCAACGACCUCAGAUUGGUGCUGAACUUGAUCGAAGCACCCCAUCAACCAGCCAGCUCAUCCAAUUCAGAUCUAGCACCACUCGAAGGAGUCCAGCUGACUGCACCCAUCGAUAGCUUAGGUGAGGAUGCACUAGAAUAUUGUAUACCCCCACCGUAUCGUUCACCCUCGCUCUCAGCCUCCGAAGCUCUGCUGAUUGGACAUCGCACCGAGUGCUCGACCGGCUCCAAGAAGGCUUCAAUUCACUCCCACCGAACUCGUCUCAGAUCCCUCAAGCCAUGGCACUCCUUCACCUCCCUCGCCCAACCAGAUCCAACUUACGAUCUCAAACUGCUAUCAGCCAGCUCAUCACCAGAUUCACAACGGCGCGGUUUCUGGUUGAUACCGGUCUGGAAGUCGUGUGUGACGAGGUAUGACUAUUAUGGUCGGUUUGGCGAUCUGAUCAGCUUACCCACCUGGUCAGACCCCAAACUAUCCCCACCACUCAUUAACCCAUCAUCGAGCACUCUUCAUGCCCAGGAACACCGGAUCUCAUCUCCAAUCGUCUGGAAUCCUAUCCGACUGAGCUUGUUUUGGAAGGUGAUCUGUAUCAUAUGUGAAAAACGGAAACUAGGCGACGUCUCUGCGACGGCGAUGGCCACAUCUCACACAAAAGAUAUCUUACCAUACUCCAAGCCGAUUCCAAGUGAUGCGAAUCCGGCUUUGCCAGAACCUGGAGACGUCUUUGGAGAUCAUAUAAGGAUCUGGUCUAACCUCCAAACAUCCUUGAUUAUCCGACGAGUGAUAUCUGACAUUACUAUCCGGUCUGCCAUUCGGGCCCAGGGUACAAACUUGGAAUCGCCGGUACCAUUCCUCAAUCUUAAUCUCCUACAAGACGAUUCGGAGGACCGAGCUGGAGAUUACGAGGAAAAAUGGUUGAAGAACUGUGUUUUUAUGUGGCUGGAUGACACGGGAACGCCCAGAGGGUAUGGAUGAACCUCGAGAAAGACAAACACCUACUUGGGCUCCAAAAUCAUACAGUCGCGCUGUUCACCGCUCAAAUGCUACAAGAACAAUCAUACCAAGUAGCAAUCAACUUAGGGUAGCAGAACAACUGCCUCUGUUCAGGCCAAAGCUCAAAGCUAACAACGAUUUGCUCAACAUUAGCUGCAUCGGUGUUUCAACUGCUGUCUCCAACUUAGAUUUUCAAGGUUGCAAUUGCAGUUGGCCAAUUGCCAAGAAGUCCUCCGGUAUUUAAUCCCAUAACAUACUCAGGACAUGUAUUCUGUAGACUUCUGGGAAAAAUCUCAAAAUGGCUCCUUUUCCCAAUCAUCCCAGAUCCUUGAACACAGAUAACCAAUUAGGGGAAUUCCAACUAUCCCAAGAAAGUAGCUGUCCAUUGGUCAAAGUUGUCGUUGUAGAAUACUCUUAACAAGACAUUGGCUUAUUUCCCCUGAACUUCAGCAGUAAAUUUGAUAGAAUAUCUCUACCCCUUGGUCUUUUAGUUUAACAACAGGAGACCUUCCCUUGCACUGGCUGUAUGGUGCUUUGAUGAUUUUCUUUUUCCUUCAGAACCUUAGAAGAUAGCCUAAAAGUCAAAAACAAAAAAAACAAAGCAGGUGUAAUUGUAAAUCUAAUUGAUGCAAAUGGUAGUUUCAAGAAUGCAACUGUAGCAC